AUGAGGAGUGGUAGCUCGGAACUUCUGCUCGAGCAACAAGCAGAAGAGCUACGAAAGAAGAAGCUGCUAGAACUAGCGGCUGCCAAGAAGGCAAAGAAUGGUCCAGCCCCGAAGCGAACACUGCGUGAAAACGCCAGCUUCUACACCACUUCCAGUCUGGCGUUCCUGUCGGUGACGGCCGGAGCCUCGUUAUUGUUCCUGGUACCACUGUAUGUCGAUCCGGCAAUUUCGACGCUGGUCGGCGACUUUGUCGAACGACCCACAAUGUGUGUUACAACCCGGCGUGAAGACAUGACCGGUCUGUUCAAUUGUUCAUGGAGUUCGUGCCGCGAGGGUUGCACCUCCGAUGUGUUCAAGUGCACUCAUAUUUAUGUGACGUUUAUCGACGAUCUGAACUUUACCUUCCCGUUCAAUGCGACGCCCUCGGAGCUGUUCAAUCUGACCGAUAUCGAACGCUCGGACGAGGCCAUCCUGCUGGUGAACAUCAAAGGCUGCGGCUACCCGCCGACGGUCAAGUGCAAAAACUUCACCGACAUGUACGGCUUCGAGGGCGCAGUGUUUCCGUGCUACUACUCGAAACAGAACAAGACGGUCGUCAUGACCUCCUACAGCCGGGAGGACCAGGUGCAGACGAUCAUCCAUUUUUUCGUGAUUCCAUUCAUCAUUACCGUGAUCUCGUCGGUGUUUCUCUGCAUAAUGCACUGUGAUUGUAGAUGUAAGAAAGAGCGACGACGACGGCAUCGGCAUCGAAGGCCUAGGAUAGAGAAUCUCAGUGAUUCAUCGAUAUCGACGCGGGUGGACAUGCUGACACCUGCGAUUGAAGUAUACAAGCCACCCCUCUGA